UACUUUUCAGUCAGCUGAUUGAAGGUGUCAGUUUUUAUUUUGAUUGCCACUUUACAGUGAGCUGUCAAAACGGUCGAUCGGAGUUUGGACGGAAAUUUACACUUUCGGCAGCACAAAUUUCUCCAUCACGAAUCACCAUGCUGAUCGAUCCGCGUCGCCCGGAAAAGGUUCACCGCUACAAGCAGGUUGACUCGGUCAACCAGGGCGCAGGAGUUGGUGACGAUUUGAUGCCAGAUUACAUGAAUAUUUUAGGAAUGAUAUUUUCUAUGUGCGGCUUGAUGAUGAAACUGAAGUGGUGCGCCUGGUUGGCACUUUAUUGUUCCUGCAUUAGCUUCGCCAAUUCACGGAUCUCCGACGAUGCCAAACAGGUGUUAUCGUCCUUCAUGCUAAGCGUCAGUGCCGUGGUAAUGUCGUACCUGCAGAACCCAACGCCAAUGACGCCUCCAUGGCAGUCGAUGUAACUUCCACAAAGCGGAAUCGCAUGUCUAGCGCACAUAAAGCAUAUUUAUAAGAAGUUUUCUACGCUAAGGACCGUUUGCCUCACACGGAACAUAAAACCGCAUUGGG